GUUCCGAUUAAUCCGAUGGCGAAAGGGCAAAUCCGUCUGAAGGGUACAGAAUCGCGGCAGUUGGAGGAAGCAUCGUCGCGGGCGUGAGGUGACCCGACACAAAGCCGCAAAACCGAAGGCGCGGUCGUGGUAAAGCAGGCCGGCCCGUCGCCCCCGGUUAGAGUCACCGGCUCCUCCUCCGUGCCCCCUCAUUCCAUGUCAUGUAUGGAGCAUGAUGCUAAUGACAUGUAUGUAGAUAUAUAUCAAGGAUGUGACAUCAGAGGAUUUGAGCACACCAGAGAAAGAUAUAUAGAGCGAAAGAGAGGAGAAGACUAAGAAUAGGAAGUUAUGGAUUCAGAUUUCGGGGUUCCACGGGAGCUGUCGGAGCUCCAGAAGAAGCGAGCUCAGUAUCAUCCUGAGCUUCCACCAUGCCUUCAGGGCAUUACAGUGAGAGUGGAGUUCGGCGAUUCGACAACCUGUGCAGAUCCAUCUAGUACAAAUGUCAUCGGCCGGGCCUUCCCGCACACAUUUGGCCAGCCCUUGGCUCAUUUUUUGAGGGCAACAGCAAAGGUACCUGAUGCCCAGAUCAUCACAGAGCAUCCUCCUAUGAGGGUCGGUGUCCUAUUUUGUGGAAGGCAGUCACCAGGAGGACACAAUGUUGUAUGGGGACUUUAUAAGGCUAUCAAGAUACGCAACCCUGACAGUGUCUUGCUUGGUUUUGUUGGUGGCACUGAAGGUCUAUUUACACAAAAAACUCGGGAAAUCACAGAUGAGGUUCUUGCUACCUACAAGAACCAAGGUGGCUAUGAUUUGCUGGGCCGAACAGUGGAUCAAAUCAGAACUACUGAGCAGGUAAAUGCUGCUAUGACCGCAUGCAAUGAUCUGAAGUUGGAUGGUCUUGUCAUUAUCGGAGGUGUCACAUCCAACUCGGAUGCUGCUCAGCUUGCCGAGACAUUUGCUGAGGCCAAAUGUCCAACAAAGGUGGUUGGUGUGCCUGUUACUUUGAAUGGGGAUCUUAAGAAUCAAUUUGUUGAGACAAACGUUGGAUUUGAUACUGUAUGCAGGGUUAAUUCGCAACUAAUCAGUAAUGUCUGUAUAGAUGCGCAAUCUGCAGAGAAGUAUUAUUAUUUUAUUCGCCUGAUGGGUCGCAAGGUAUCCCAUGUGGCUUUAGAAUGUGCACUUCAAUCUCAUCCUAAUAUGCUCAUCUUGGGAGAGGAGGUGGCAUUGUCAAAACUUACUAUUUUUGACAUUGCAAAGCAAAUUUGUGAUGCAGUUCAAGCCAGAGCAGAGAAAGAAAAGUACCAUGGCGUCAUUCUUAUCCCGGAGGGGCUCGUAGAGAGCAUUCCAGAAUUGUAUGCUCUUUUACAGGAAAUUCAUGGUCUCCACAACCAAGGCAUUUUGACCGACAAAAUUUCUUCUCGUCUUUCACCUUGGGCAUCUGCCUUGUUCGAAUUCCUGCCGCCCUUUAUCAGGAAACAGCUGCUGCUUCAUCCAGAGUCUGAUGACUCUGCCCAGUUGUCCCAGAUCGAGACAGAAAAGCUUCUGGCACAAUUAGUAGAAAAAGAAAUGAACAGAAGGAUGGAAGAAGGCAUAUACAAAGGAAAAAAAUUCAAUGCUAUAUGCCAUUUUUUUGGAUAUCAAGCUCGUGGAUCUGUACCAUCAAAAUUCGACUGUGACUAUGCAUAUGUUCUUGGACACAUCUGCUAUCAUAUUCUAGCAGCUGGUUUGAAUGGAUACAUGGCUACUGCAACGAACUUGAAACACCCUGUGAACAAGUGGCGUUGUGGUGCUGCACCACUCACGGCGAUGAUGACCGUGAAGCGAUACUCGCGUGGUCCUGGAGCUGUUCCUGUUGGAAAACCUGCCAUCCAUCCUUCCACAGUCGACUUGAAAGGGAAAGUAUAUGAGUUGCUGAGACAGAAGGCUCCGAGCUUUUUAAUGGAUGAUUUAUACAGAAACCCAGGGCCACUUCAGUUUGAAGGGCCGGGUGCUGAUGCAAAGACCUACACACUCGCCAUUGAGGAUCAAGAUUACAUGGGCCGGAUGAAGAAGCUUCAGGAGUAUCUUGAUAAGGUGAAGAGCAUUGUGAAGCCUGGGUGUUCACAAGAGGUUGUGAAAGCUGCCCUGAGCUCUAUGGCCUCUGUGACAGAAGUACUAUCAGUGAUGACGACUCCGUCGUUUGGUGGCCAUCAGCCACUUUAACUCGAGGCAACCAUAAUCCACGUAGUUCCCAGUAUCAGACCAUCAGCAGCCAAUCAUUCAUUUACGUAUGUAGUAGAGCUGUAUGUCACGCAAGGCCUCUGGCAGUUUUGGUCAUAGUAAUUUUUUGCUCCAUAAAGCAAGAGUGUAACGUUACUUGCAGAUAUUCACAGUUCCAAUAUCUGUGAAGAACAGUAAUAAGCAGAGGUGGUGCAUAUCCUCUGAAUUGUUUAAACAAUGGUGCACAGUUUAUAUCUGCACAGCUUGUGAUCACUUUCAGAAAGCGUCUUUCUUCUUC